AGCAGCAGGUGUGAGGAGAAUGGAACAGUCUCUGUCCGUGCUCAUAGUUCUGGUCCUGGUGUGGUCCUGCAGAGGCUGGGAGGCUCCAGACUUCUGUCAUCAGCAACAAUGUCCUCAGUACCAGGUGGUUGGUUCACAUCAGGGUUUUGAGGAGCGUCUGUAUGUUGCCACUGACUGGAUCACCACCAAGGUAGACAGCCCUGAGGACAGUGACGUGAUGGCUGCUUACUCCAGACUGAAGCAUUACUGCCAGAGACAGAAGGAAGCAGGUAAUGAGAUCCCCACUAACACCUGGCCGGCACUGAUCACUGUCUCAGAGGGUGAGAACGGUCCUGAUCUGUCAAUGUCCUGGUUUGUUCCGCCGGGUACGACAAAGCCUGAAAACACUGAUCCAUCAGUCACAGUGCAGAGUAGACCUGAGGCCACCGUCUACGUCAGGAUAUUUGCAGGAACACCAAGUAUCAGCAGCGGUGAAACCAACGCGAAGAUGCUCCAAGAAGCUUUGGACAAAGCUGGGAAAACCUUUGAUCCCCACACUUAUACUGGAGCUGGCUAUGACUCCUAUUUAUCUAUUACUCACCACAAUGAGAUCUGGAUCUACCCUGCCUGACGACAGCACACAUCAUCACCUGAACCAGUUCAUCAUAUGAUCACUGUUUUUUUCUGUAUCCUCUGAAGCAAGUUCCACUGUUUUAUUAGAAAGUUUGAAUUAGUUCAACUUUUACUUCUAAGAAAUGUGAGAAGUUCUACAUGUGUAGAUAUUUGAAGCUUUGUAUUCAACAAAUCUUUAAAAUGAAAAAUAAGCUUGAAUUUCUAUAAAAUCUCACUUUAAGAA